AUGAGGUCGACCACGCUGGGUCUGCUCCUCCUGGUCAGUGUCCGCGCGGUGUUCAACAUGGGAGGGGCGCCCCGCCAGCCCAGCCCAGCGGAGACGCGGGACUCCAUCCCCACCGUGGACCCCGCCGUCUUCAACAAGCGGCGCUACCGCUCGCCCCGCGUGCUCUUCAGCGCCCACCCGCCGGACGUGCAGGCGGGGGCCGGGGCCCGCGUGCGCAGGCGGGCGGGGCAGACGCGCCACCGCGGGGUCUACUCCGUCUGCGACAGCGUCAGCAACUGGGUGGGCAACAAGACGAGCGCGGUGGACAUCCGGGGCAACGAGGUGGCGGUGCUGCCGGACGUGCGCAUCAACAACAUCGUGAAGAAGCAGUACUUCUUCGAGACCACGUGUCACGGCCCCGCCCGGCCCGCCCGCAACGGCGGGGGCUGCCUGGGCAUCGACAGCCGCAGCUGGAACUCGUACUGCACCAACACGCACACCUUCGUGCUCGCCAUGACCUCCUUCGAGAGCCUGGUGGCGUGGCGGCUGGUGCGCAUCAACGCCGCGUGCGUGUGCGUGCUCAGCCGCAAGUCCUGGAGGCACUGA